CUGCUUUCCGUAUUCUGAAAGCGUUGGAGUCUUGUUGUUGUGAGGUCUGAAAUGGUGGAAUAUUCCGUGUCUUGUCAUCGGCUGACAGGGAAAGGCGGUGCUGGGCUCGCCGCUAAGGUUCUAGCCCCGCAAAGCUAGGUCCACUGCGUGCAACCGAGUGGACCGUGCAUCAGGCCGGAGAUCGCUGAUCUCAGUGGGGGCUUCCAGUUGGCUGGCAGUGACUGACUGGUGUGAGCUCACCACGAUAACACACACACACACACACACACACAUCUGGGACCUUUCUUGACCGCAUUAGGUCUUCAUGCUCCCCAUACUGUUGUUGUACAUCGACUGGCUGCCCAGGACCUUGGCUCAUGCUCCCUGAGGAGCCUGGCAGUUGAGCAUCUGUGAUCCUACUUCUCUCCACCUCCCACCUCGGGGUCUACCUAGCCUUUCUGUUUUGCCUCAGCGAUACCACGAGCCAAUGUCGGCAGCCCAUCGCAUUGCAACAGCACACACUCAUUCCUUCAGCCUUCUCUCUGCUUAUUUUCUUAGAAAAGAGCUGACUCUUCGUUUCGGACGCCCACUCUCGCUUUUCCCUCCUCGUCGUCAUGAACUAGAUAUUCAAGCGGCUGGAUCGAGCGGCCCACGAGUUGCGAAAUCGAGUGCAGCGGAAACCCCCGCGCCGCCAGCAGCAAUCAGAUACAAUGGGUUGCUGUCUUUCCCGAGAGGGCGAAUCGGGCUCGCCCUACACAACUGGCGGCGGCGCAUCUAGUUCCGCGCGAGCAAUCAAUGAACAGCCCCAAACAACCCGAGCUCACGUCCACGGUGGACAUGAUGGGCACGCCUCUGGAUCGCGCCGGCGGCAUAGACACAGUCAGCAGCCUCUUGACCAACAUAUCAACAAGCCUUUACGACUGCACGAGUGGACCAGCUACAAUCGGACGUGGACCUCCAGGGAGCUGCGACAGGAGAGGAUAGAGUUCUUCGAUACUCGGGUGGCUGGGCGACAGGAAAUCUGGCAAACACUACACGCUGUGUUGGAGGUUUUGUGGGCAUCCGCAGAGGCUGUGCGCAAUGGGCAGGUUGGGAGGAGAAGUGAAGAUGAUGGGCCUAGCGAAGAGGACCCGGCGAUAGCACUGGCGACAGCCCAGAGCAUUCUCGAUGCUGCCGAUAUCACACUGCCGACAGGAGACUUGUACAAUGGGGCCUACGAUGCGUUUGGAAACUACUACCAACUACCACAUCACAUCGUGGCGGAUCCAACGAAUUUGGAAUGGCGGCCAGGCUGGGAACAUGAGGAUUUGGAUGACACCAAGGCAGACUUGACCGCCGGGGAGGAGACCACCGAGGAACGGGACGAUCUCGAAGACGAGGCCGAGAGGAGGCGUGAGGAAAAGGGCAAGGGGGUGGUUGAUGUUAAGGAUCUCAUCGCCAUCAGAGCCAGGCUGAGUGAUGGAUCGAAAGAUGUCAACGUCUCAGUUGGCAAGGGAGACUCUGUAAGAAGUCUGGCUAGACAGAUCGCAGAGGAUGCAAAUCUACCUCCCAGCAAGAAGAUUCGCAUUGCCUACAUGGGCAGGGUUCUGAAGGAGAGUACGCCUCUGCUCGAGCAGGGCUACAAGCAGGGUCAUGUUGUCAAUGCUUUAGUGUUCAACCGGUAGGACCGCUGUUCACCGGCGGACGACCAGACACCCCAUCAUUUGUUUUCCUCAGGCUCAGAGGUCACCUUACCUGUUCCGUUUACCGCUAAUAGUCGGUACACUGAACCACUGCCGAUCUCUGAUUCGUCGCUCCGUCCAAACUGGAAUAAUCGGAGACGCACACGCACAUCUUCGGCCAUUCGUGCUUUGCGUGACCGCCUCCAGCGGUUCCAGGAGCGCCGCCAGGAACGUCUUGCCCGUUUGACCGAGGAUAUUCUGGAUGACAGCCGGGCACCUCUGCUGUAUACUGACGCGUCUGCAUCUGGUAGAGUCGAGGUGUGGAAUCCGUAUGCUGGGCUGCUUCCUUAUCACGUUGUGCUCUGCCCGACGUGAUUUUGAUGGGGAACCAAACCAUUGGCGCCGACAUUUCAACCUGUUUCAAGUCGCUGUAACAUUAACGCUCCCAUUUUCACCCUAAUUCCGACGACUACACGCAAACCGACACUCGAUCACAGAACGUUUCAGCCCGCACCCACGCACCAUUACAGCACCAUUGACAACCACACCACUGGCCGUCUUGUCACUAGUCUUUUACCCUCCGAAGUUGAAGAGUAGCAGCAUGAAACAGGGUGGAAAGCGCAUCAAAGUUUAGGUUUUUUUUUUCUUUUUUUUUUUUUUCAGGAAAGGGGAGGUAGGAAGUGGGUAGUGGGGGAGGUAGCAAAGCGCAGGUUCUCUUAAUUAUUUCCAUACCAGGAGCUUCGUUUUUCUUUCAUUCUUCUCUUGUUGACUGAGUGUAUGAAGGUGGGAAAGUUUGGCUUCAUGUUUUCAUGGGACUACCUACUCAACCCAGUCACUGUUUGUUUGAUUCAUUCUCGAAACGGCGUUUCGCAUGGGGCGGGUAGGGUGCAUCAGGGUUCGGG